AUGGCUCCACGCGAGAAGAGUCAGUUGAAACGGGGAAGGGAUUCUCCUCCUUCUAAGGCCGACAAUGAUAUUUCAAAGAAGCCUCGUCGAUCCGGUCGAUUGUCGCAGAAGACAGAAAAUACCGAGCAGCUAAAAACGCCAGUCAUCACCAACAAGCAGAAGCUACCCUCACCCGUCACUCAUCAAGGUGAUAGCGAUGAUUUGUAUAAGGAAUCAACAGCCGAGCCCCCGGAUGGACGACCUAGUCAGGUCACGCACCGUACUCCCGAAGAAACCUUCUCUCAAAUUCAAAGAUUAUCGUCUCCUCCGCAAGACACACAAGCUUUUCCGACUUCCCAAUAUGUUGAUGGAAACGCCGCUCUCUCUGACGAGGUUGAGGAUGAGGAGAAAGAAGGUGUAUGGGGAUACCUCUUCCCGCUGGACCCCAAACACGGAGGCAGAUGUGUCGUCUUGAAAAAACGGUCCAGCUGUCAACUGCCCAAUGAUGUUUCGGGUAUACUGGCAAAGGAACAGUCUGAUGCAACCGACGCCAGCGCCCUAAAACAGGAAGAAAGUUUCGAGAAGUCUAAGAUCAAGGGUGUACCGUCUGGUGGAUAUCUGAUUGGGCGACAUCCUGAGUGUGAUAUCAUUGUGGAUGAUCCAAUUGUUUCUAACCGUCACUGCUUAAUAUUCACCGAGAACAAGGGUGAUGAUACAGUUGCUAUUCUCGAGGACAUGUCGAGUAAUGGAACUUUUGUGAACGAGGCCAUCGUCGGAAGAAAUCAGCGCCGUGAGCUACAGGAGCAGGAUGAGAUUGCGGUGAUGGACAAGGCUCGAUUUAUCUUUCGCUACCCACGAACUCGGGCUUCCAGUGCCUUUUUACAGCAAUACACGCUCCUCGACCGCUUGGGCAAGGGCCAUUUUGCCGAAGUAUAUCUGUGCGUAGAGAAAUCUACUGGCCAAAGAUAUGCUGUAAAGGUCUUCACAAAAAACCCUGGUAUGGAUGAGAGGUCGAAGACGGAUGGUCUACAGCAGGAAAUUGCAGUAUUGAUGGGAGUUAGCCAUCCUAACGUCCUAUGUCUAAAAGAUACUUUCAACGAGAAGAAUGCUGUAUAUCUGGUACUCGAGCUUGCACCCGAAGGGGAACUGUUCAAUCACAUCGUAAUGAAGCAGAAGUUAAGCGAGUCUGAAACAAGGAAACUGUUCAUUCAGUUAUUCCAGGGUAUCAAGUACUUGCAUGAUAGGAAUAUUGUCCAUCGAGAUGUGAAGCCGGAGAAUAUCUUACUAGUCGAUAAGGAUCUUCACGUUAAACUUGCCGAUUUUGGUCUGGCCAAGAUCAUCGGUGAGGAGUCCUUUACGACCACUCUAUGUGGUACGCCAAGUUACGUUGCGCCAGAAAUAUUAGCAGAAGGAAGGCAUAGGAAAUACACCAAGGCCGUCGACAUUUGGUCGCUUGGAGUCGUGCUGUAUAUAUGUCUGUGCGGUUUCCCCCCCUUCUCAGACGAACUCUACAGCCGCGAUUUCCCGUAUACGCUUUCGCAGCAGAUUAAGAGCGGACGAUUCGACUAUCCUUCUCCAUACUGGGAUUCAGUGGGAGAUCCGGCAUUGGACCUCAUUGAUCACAUGCUAGUUGUUGAACCUGAGAAGCGCUUUACAGUUGACCAGUGCCUUACGCACCCGUGGAUAACGCAGAAGGCGCUAGGUGUUAAUGAUAGUACCGAUGGGCUCGUGGCCGGGAUUGGGGGCCUUGAAAUGCAACGAAGAGGCGCGGUCCGAGAGCGGACGCUACUUAGUUCUAUCAACUCGGUGCAAGUCACCAACAAGAUCCCUCCAACCCCCGAUUCUAAGAAGGGCCCUGUGAAGGUCUUUGCGAAGAAUCCUGCUGCUGAGCAAAACGACGCGCCUCCGAAAGAACCCAGACCCGCAGACCAGCGAGGCACGAAGGAAUUUAUGGAAAUGGGUGGCAAAGGCGAUCAGGAAUUAUUCAGUAACGACGGGGCGAGUUUUUAUUCUAAACCUGAAGCUGCCGCCGCGAAGGGUAAUAAGGCAACAGGGAAGGGCAAGGCAAAGGGUAAUGGGAAAUAA